AUGGUGUUGGCGUGGUGCGUGUUACUAUUACUUUUCCGCGUUGGUUUAACGGAUACCCAGAAGCCGAAUAUUAUCGUUAUUAUGGCAGAUGAUAUGGGUUUCAAUGAUGCAGGAUUCCAUGGCAGCGAUGAAAUUCCAACACCCAACAUAGAUGCUCUAGCCUACAAUGGAGUAAUUUUAAACUCGCAUUACACUCAAGCACUAUGUACCCCAUCAAGAGCAGCUUUCCUCACUGGAAAAUAUCCCAUACACACAGGUAUGCAACAUUUAGUCAUACUUGAGAUGGAGCCUUGGGGACUUCCUCUAAAUGAAAUUCUAUUGCCGCAACUUUUAAAACAGAACGGAUACACUACGCAUGCUGUUGGAAAGUGGAACUUGGGUCAUUUCAAAAAAGAAUAUACACCAACUUUUAGAGGGUUCGACACACAUUAUGGAUAUUGGCAAGGGUACCACGAUUACUACACACACAUGAACCAAGCAGCGUGGUCAUCCGAAAUUGGUUACGACUUCAGAAGAAAUCUUGAGGUCGACUACGGCGCUAAAGGCACGUACAGUACGACGUUAUUUACCAAUGAAGCUGUGAAAUUAAUACGUGAACAUGACACUAAUAAUCCGAUGUUUUUGUUUUUGGCUCAAAUUGCACCGCAUACUGGAAACGAAUAUGAACAACUACAAGCGCCUGAUGAAGAAAUUGCCAAAUUCACUCGUAUUAAAGACCCAAGACGACGAAUCUAUGCAGCCAUGGUAUCCAUGUUGGAUAAAAGCGUUGGAAUAGUGAUAGCAGCUCUACGAGAAAAGCACAUGCUGGAAAAUUCGGUGAUUCUCUUUUUGUCGGACAAUGGAGCCGCAGAAGAUGGUUCAAAUUAUCCUUUCAGAGGGAUGAAAUUUACGGAAUGGGAAGGAGGUAACAGAAAUUUGGCAGCAAUAUGGAGUCCCCUCAUUCAAAAAUCCCAAAGAGUGUCUAAUCAUUUGAUGCAUAUCUCCGACUGGUUACCAACAUUCUUCUCCAUAGCUAGUUUAAAUAAAACGCAAAUUCCAAAUAUCGAUGGUCUAGAUAUGUGGGAAUCGAUUUCCGAAGACAAGGAGAGCCCAAGAACAGAAAUGCUUUACAAUAUCGAUGAUCCCACUAUUGGUUGGGGCCCAUGGGGUCCAAGAGGAGUAUGGGGAGCAUAUGCAGCUAUCAGACAAGGUGAUUGGAAAUAUAUAUACGGCUCCACAGGCAAAGAAAGGGAUUCGUGGUUCGGAAAUGACGGCAAAAAAAAGGAAUAUUCGUACGACGUCAACCAAGUAUUAAAUUCAAAAACAGCGACUGCUUUCGCUGGACUAAUAACCGACCAACAGAUUAAAGACAAGAACUCAAACAGGACAACGAUGAGAGAACUCAAAAUAAUUCAUAAAAAUGAUAUCGAAACGUUACGAUCGCAAGCCACAGUUAGUUGCGGGCCGUUUAAUUUAGAAGAUCAACUAGAAGAGCACAAAUGUAAUCUUCAAUCUCCGUGUUUGUUUAACAUAAGAGAAGACCCUUGCGAAAGAGUAAAUCUUGCUUCCGCUACACCGAACAUCGUAAGAAAGCUGGAACAACUUAUUCUGGAUUAUAGGAAAAACAUGGUACCUGCCCGAAAUAAACCUCGAGAUCCCAGGGCCGAUCCAAUCAAUUGGAAUAACACUUGGAACAACUGGGAAGACUACGAUCAUGUUCAUAAAAAUAGAUUAGUAGUGACCAGUUUUAAAACUAUUUCAGCGAUGAAUAUCAGUAUAAUUGCAAUUUCCUGUAUAGUUGUACUCUUUAUGGCAUUUGGUUUAUCUAAACUAGCUGAUAUCGUAGCGAAAAAGAAUGAAAAGAAACUAAAAUCAGAAAGGUUGUUAAGCAAUAAUAGAGCUUAG